AUUUUCAUUUCUUAAUUAUCCGUUUAAGUAUUUUCCUUUCAUUAUCUUAUCAUCAAUGCACAUUCUCUACCAAACAUAUAUCAAAAUUAAAUUAAACAUAUCAUUCAACAAAAACCCACCUUCAAAUUUUCAUCAUGGCUUGCAACUACUAUAGCCAUGACUCUGUACAUUCGCCACUGGUGUUGUUGUUGUUGUUGAUGGUGUUGGUGUUGAGUUUAUCUUCACACAGUUGCUACAGCUUGGGGAAAUUCGGUUUGGAUAUUCAUCAUAGAUUCUCGGAUCCAGUAACCGAGAUUCUAGGCAUUGGUAAUGAUGAAUUGUUACCUCAUAAAGGAACUCCUCAAUACUAUGCUGCUAUGGUUCAUAGAGAUCGCGUUUUUCAUGGCCGGAGACUCGCCGAUGAUCGUGAUACGCCGAUCACUUUCGCCGCCGGCAAUGAAACUCAUCAGAUUGCUGCUUUUGGAUUUUUGCAUUUUGCCAAUGUUUCGGUUGGGACACCACCUCUAUGGUUUUUGGUGGCAUUGGAUACCGGCAGUGACUUGUUUUGGUUACCUUGUAAUUGUACCAGUUGCGUGCGCGGUUUAAAGACACAAAAUGGAAAGGUAAUUGAUCUUAAUAUCUAUGAACUUGAUAAGUCAUCUACAAGGAAAAAUGUUCCAUGCAAUAGCAACAUGUGUAAACAAACACAAUGCCAUUCAUCCGGUAGCAGUUGUCGGUAUGAAGUUGAGUAUCUUUCAAAUGAUACUUCAUCUUCUGGAUUCUUAGUUGAAGAUGUGUUACAUUUGAUUACAGAUAAUGAUCAAACAAAAGAUAUUGACACACAAAUUACCAUUGGUUGUGGCCAAGUUCAGACUGGUGUGUUUCUAAAUGGUGCAGCUCCAAAUGGUUUAUUUGGACUUGGUAUGGAAAAUGUAUCUGUUCCGAGCAUCCUAGCCCAAAAGGGGCUUAUUUCAGAUUCUUUUUCAAUGUGUUUUGGAUCUGAUGGUUCUGGAAGAAUCACGUUUGGGGAUACCGGCAGCUCAGACCAAGGAAAAACACCAUUCAACCUCAGGGAAUCACAUCCUACAUAUAACGUCACCAUUACACAAAUUAUUGUGGGAGGAUAUGCUGCCGAUCAUGAGUUUCAUGCAAUUUUCGACUCCGGUACCUCAUUCACAUACCUAAAUGACCCAGCUUAUACGCUAAUUUCCGAGAAGUUCAAUUCUCUAGUCAAAGCAAAUCGACAUUCGCCUCUGUCACCUGAUUCGGAUCUCCCCUUUGAAUACUGUUAUGACAUGAGUCCAGAUCAGACAAUUGAAGUUCCCUUUUUGAAUCUAACAAUGAAAGGUGGAGAUGAUUAUUAUGUCACGGAUCCAAUUGUACCUGUUUCUAGUGAGGUUGAAGGAAAUCUUCUUUGUUUGGGAAUACAGAAAAGUGACAAUUUGAAUAUCAUUGGACAAAACUUCAUGACUGGUUACCGUAUAGUCUUCGAUCGUGAGAACAUGAACCUUGGUUGGAAGGAAUCUAACUGUACUGAAGAAGUGCUCUCCAUACCUACUAACAAAUCUCAUUCUCCUGCUAUUUCCCCUGCUAUUGCUGUUAAUCCUGUGGCUAGAUCAGACCCAUCAAGUAAUCCUGGAAGAUUUUCAUCUAAUCAGUCAUUUAGGAAGAAGCCUACUUUUGCAUUUAUGGUGAUCCUUUUUACACUUAGAGCCAUUUUUUAGCAUCUUUGUGUCAUUCCAUUAUGUAUGUAUUGUUUAAAUUAAUAGGCUUAUUAAUUUCAUUAUACGAGAAGCAAUAUUGCUUCCUAUUUUUUUUUAAGUUUUGAUAGCAUUACUUUGAUCAUGGGUUUGUAAAUAAUACCUAUAGCAAUAGUAUAUUUGUAAACUAUAGAAAUUCUUAUACUCACAUUAAAUAUUAUACGGCAGUUGGUUGUCA